AUGACAUUGAAACCAAAUGCUUCGCAAUCAUAUAAUCAACCAGUGCAUGUUGAUAUUGAAUUAGAUGCAGCUGAUCUGAGAACUUCAGGUCCUCGUCUUGCUUGUUUGGUUAAAAGUGACUGGAUCAAUAAGAAACUAAGCUUCAAAGAACUAACAGAUGGUCUUUCUAAUCAAAUGCUCGCAAUGUUUCCUCCAUCGCACGAUGAACAAGCUCUCAUCAUUCGAACUUAUGGGAAAAAUUCGGAUUUAAUCGUCGAUCGGCAAGCCGAAAUUCGAAAUAUGGUGAAACUUUCUCAGUACGAUAUGGCCAACGAAGUUCUGGCAACAUUUAACAAUGGAUUCUUAUACACACUGGUACCAGGUGAUCAAAUCGAUGUCGAUGAUAGGAAAAUUGAUUCACCAUUGGCAGCUAAACUGGCUGCAUUUCAUUCUGUUCCGUCUGAUGGCAGCAAUAAUGAGAAAAAAUCUCAAUUGAUAGAGAAACUCGACCAUUAUGUUCAUUUACUGAAUGGUACCAAUUCUCAAUUACGACACCGAUUGGAAGCAAUGAAAUCGUCAGCGACUGGAAUGCUUGACACAAUUAAAAUAACUGUCGGUCUUCAAUCUAGUCCACCGUCACUGGAUUCUAUCGAAUCGUUUUUCGAAUAUUCCUUUGCUCAAUUGGAUGAUGAUCUCCAUCAAAUCAAAUCAACGUUGAAACAAAAUUGGUCCGAUAUUCCUGUUGUUCUGUGCCAUAAUGAUACCCUGAGUCGUAACUUUCUCUUCGACAAACAAACAAAUACUAUGUAUAUGAUAGAUUUUGAACAUAGUUUUGAUAAUCUUUACUUAUAUGACAUUGAGAAUUAUUUUGUGGAGUUCGCUGGUCUUAGUUCAUCGCCUGAUUGGUCAAAGAAAUACCCAAGUCGAGAACGACGAUUGAACUUCAUCAGUGAAUAUGUUAAACAUGCUGAUUUCUUACAUAAAAAACCUGGUGCAGAUGAAUUGGAAAAACUCUGUGAUCGUUGUCAUUGCCUUCUGCCACUUACGCAUCUUUAUUGGGCUUUGUGGGCUGUACUCGAAGCUAUGCUCAAUCCUGAAGCAUUGAGUGAAUUCGAUUACGUGAAUUAUGCAAAGAACAGUCGAUUGAAUCAUUAUUUUGAUGACAUAUUAACUUCGAAUUAUCUUUUAUUCAAUGUUCGACUGAGCAAAACCGAUCGAAAUCCUUUAGAAUAUUCUGUUCAACCAUAUUGGCCCCAAUCCAUUCUCAAUCGUAUAAUUAGUCUUCGAUCUGUCAAUUCAACUCAACUGUCCCACGUAUCUGAAUUUCUUCGAUGGCAUUUCAUCCAGUUAAUUCAAUUAAAAUCUUUAACAGUGAAGCUAUGUGGACGCGAAGUUUCUGUUCUAUCUUCUGUUCUACCACAACUUCAUUCACUUGACUAUCUUGCGAUAAAAUGUACUCCAAAUCAACAACUACUUAACGCCAUUCUUGCUGUCCCUAGUUUAAACACUGGCCGAUUCCGGUUCUCUCGACCGAUUACAUCAAUCAACAUCCAUUCGGAUAAUGUCAGUCAAAUGAAAGUACUCGAUAUUCAACUUGAAGAUACUUCCUACGGUUUUGUGAUGACUUUGUUGUUGAGCCAUAUGCCAAACUUACGAUGGUUGCAAAUGAAUAAUUAUGAUACAUAUAUUAAAAAUCAAGAAUGGUUGUUCUUCGAUUCGUUAUUCACUCUUCCACAAUUGCACACACUUCACUUGAAAUGUCUUUCGAAUUAUUCAUCACCAGUUGUUUUUCAAAACUUUCAUCGAAAUUUACCAGCUGUGAAGCAUGCUAAUUUCGGUUUAAAUUUCGAUUUUAUUCACGAAGAUCUGAUCGAUCAUGCCAUUCACCAUUGGUGGCCUAUUUUAGAGACACUUGAACAGGUUAAUUUAACAAUCACAUGUCGAAAUCGUCACCUGAUCGUUUCCGAUCAGAUGUCUUCGAUGCUCAAUGAAUUACAAAAUGAAGUUGUCAAAACUAAGUGGAAGGAACAGACUUCUUUAAGAUAUCGAAUUGUGGAGAUCUCUAUUUGUAAAUCUAUUACGUCAAAAUAA